AUGUCGAGAAAUGAAUAUCAGCAAAUUUCUCGACUCUCCGCUACAAGACUUCAAAAUCAUCAAAGUGAAAUAAGUGAAGAAACGAGAGAAAGAAAUUCUACUUUUUUCUUCGAUAUGCAAAGCACUUAUCGGAGAACUAAUCCUCUUAGCGGAUUACCCGCAGAUUGGAAAUUCAAUUUAGAGAUAGUUCAACAGCCUAUUCGAGCCCGUGCGUGCGGUUAUGGUAACAAGGAUUACCGAUCGAUAUCACCGCCAAUUUUUAUAAGAUUAACAAUUUCUAAUUCUUCAGGUCCCGUGAACAUUGAUGAUAUUGAAUCACAGUUUUUCCAACUCCAUGCGAGCCUUUAUGAUCUUAGAUCUGAAAAUUGCACCACCGUCUGGGUAAAAUCUUCUAAUCCUCAACUUCCUCAAGAAAAUAUAUUGAAUCUAAUUGGGUGUAGAAGUGAAAUCUGUCAUGUUUAUAUGGAUGAACAUGGCACUAAAGGACUAUGGUUCAUUUAUGCUAAUUUGGGUGUUCGCACAGAAAAUGAGUACAUCCUAAGAUUUCAAUUAUUUUAUCUUGGAUG